AUGGACGAAAGCAAACCCCAACCAAAUGACGACGCCAAAAACACCCCAGAAAAAUCCCAAUCAUCCCCAGAAGAAAACCUUAAGCCUCACGAAGUCGAAGAAAUAGAUAACCGCUCUAUCUUUGUAGGAAAUGUCGAUUUCAGUACUAGCACUGAGGAAUUGCGCGAUGUUUUUAAAGGCUGUGGAAACAUUGAACGUGUCACAAUCCCUAUUGACAAAUUUUCGCAGAUCCCCAAAGGAUAUGCAUAUAUAGAAUUUUCUGACCAAAGUGGAGUGUUAAAAGCACAGAGUUUGAAUGAAAAAAGCUUCAAAGGGAGAAAACUUAAGGUGAUGCCAAAGAGAACAAAUCUUCCAGGGCAUAAUAAAUCACGGCCGAGGUUUCGUGGGUCAUUUAGAGGAUCUUUCGCUUAUGGGAGAUCUAGAUACUCGAGGUUUAGACCAUAUUAUUAA